AUGAAGCAUAAUUAUCAAAGUGUUUCAAAGGCAAUAGGAGCGACCCUCAUAUCUUUCUCCAUCCUUCUCAUUAUCGUUGAUUCGACAUGGAUUUGGAUGGAUGUGUAUUCGGGGUAUUUUUGGAUAUGCUCAUGGACAUUUGGAACAGGAAUCAUCGCUGGAGGACUGGGCAUUGCAGCUGGAUCGUUAGGUGUUAGCGUAUCGAAAAAUAAAGAACUUGUAGACUUUUUCGCCAAAUUUGGACCAACAGCGGCUAUGGGAAAUGCUGCUGGAUCUGUUGCUGCUGUGUUUUAUGGCUAUAUCACUUGGUGUGUUUUUUACCAUCUUUACGGCAUGCCAACGACAAGCGGGCCGUUUUGGGGUUCUUUCGUUGCCAUCGUCAUCUGUGAAUGGAUCUUCUUGACUCUCGUCAUGGCUCUUUCUUUCUUCCAAGCUAACUUUAUCGGUUGCACAUGUUGCUGCAGAGACCCCUCUGAUUCCGGAGCAAUUGAACCUGUUAACGAAGCCGUCUCUGCGAUUCAAGGAUACCCAACUGUUCCCUACCAAGGGUACCCUUCACAAGGUCAGCCCGAGAUGAUGCCUACCUAUGGACAGUACCAUCCGUAUCCAGCUCCUAAAGAAGUUGAAGAAUCAUCAUCGGAUUCUUCUGACUCUUCUUCCUCAAACUCUGAUUCCGACUGA